UACUGAUUCUGCGCAGUGCACCUUUCCGUUCGUAUGACGUAAUUUGACGUUUCUUGGCCGAAACCAGGAAGUGGGUCGCUCUCUGUUGUUUGUGUUCGUUGGACGCUAAACGUCUCUGUCUUCUGAUUUAAUAUAUCACGUUUACGGGCCGAAAUGGCGGCGUUUAUUUCAGUCCCGUUAAAAAAGUCAUCUGAGGUUGAUCUGGUGAAACCGCUGUCGAAAUUUGUAACGGCCACAUACACAGCGGGCGAGGAGCAGGGGGAGUAUGUACGUGCCGUGGAGGAGUUGAACAAGCUUCGCAGAAACGCGGUGGGAAGGCCGCUGGACAAACAUGACAGUUCCUUGGAGAUUCUGCUCAGAUACUACGACCAGCUGUGUGCUGUUGAGCCAAAGUUUCCCUUCUCUGAAAACCAGCUCUGCUUAACCUUUACAUGGAAGGAUGCCUUUGAUAAAGGCUCGCUGUUCGGUGGCUCAGUCAAGCUUGCUUUGGCCAGUUUGGGCUACGAGAAGACAUGUGUGUUGUUCAACGCAGCAGCGCUGGCCAGUCAGAUUGCCUCCGAGCAGAACCUGGACAAUGAUGAGGGGCUGAAGGCUGCAGCCAAAUAUUAUCAGCUGGCCAGCGGAGCGUUUGGCCACAUCAAGGAUACAGUGCUGUCUGCACUGAACAGGGAGCCCACCAUGGACAUCUCUCCCGAGACUGUAGGCCCCCUGAGUCUCAUCAUGCUGGCUCAGGCCCAGGAGGUCUUCUUCCUCAAAGCCACCUCAGACAAGAUGAAAGAUGCUGUCAUCGCAAAGCUGGCCAAUCAGGCUGCAGAUUUCUAUGGCGAUGCCUUCAAGCAGUGCCAGUACAAAGAUAACCUUCCUAAGUAUUUUUAUUUUCAGGAAGUGCUGCCGGUGCUGGCGGCCAAGCACUGCAUCCUGCAGGCCAACGCUCAGCUGCACCAGAGCGCAGUAGCCAAGCAGAAGAAGCACUUUGGAGAGGAGAUCGCUCGUCUGCAGCACGCAGCUGAGCUGGUUAAGACGGUGACGUCUCGUUACGAUGAGUACGUGAGCGUUAAGGACCUGGGUGACAAGGUCAACCGUGCCCUCACCGCAGCCAAAAAAGAUAAUGAUUUUAUUUACCAUGACCGUGUGCCUGAAGUCAAGGACUUGGAGCCUAUCGGCAAGGCAGCGCUGGUCAAAGCCACUGCAAUCACACCUCCACUCAGCCAGAAAUUCUCAGACUUGUUUGAGAAGAUGGUCCCUAUGGCGGUGCAGCAGUCUAUGAGCAUGUACAACCAGCGAAAGGCUGACACUGUCAACAGACUGGUGACAUCAAUGAGGGAGGCCACUAAUCUCUGCAAUGGGGUGUUGGCAUCUCUGAACCUGCCAGCUGCUUUGGAGGACCUCUCCGGAGACUCUAUCCCACAAUCCAUUGUUGAGAAGUCCAGAUCCAUCGUGCAGCAGGGAGGACUGCAGAGCAUUGAGCAGCUCAUCAAAGACCUGCCUGAGCUCCUUACCCGCAACAGAGAGAUCCUGGAUGAGUCUCUGAAGAUGUUGGGUGAUGAAGAGACAACGGACAACGAACUGAGAUCCAAGUUCAACCAGCGCUGGAACAGAACCCCCUCUGGAGACUUGUACAAACCACUUCGUGCAGAGGGUGCAAACUUCCGCAAUGUCCUGGACAAGGCCGUACAGGCUGACCAGGUGGUGAAGGACCGCUACAACGCCCACUGUGACAUGAUCGCCCUGCUGUGUAAGCCAGAGAAUGAGCUCAGUGCUGCCAUCCCCUCUGCCAACCCGACCAAGACACUGCAGGGCAGUGAGAUAGUGAAUGUGCUGCGCUCCCAGCUCGCCAAGCUGGACACGAUGAAGAAGGAAAGGGAGACGAUGGAGGGAGAGAUCAAGGCUGUGACCUUUGACAUGUCUACCACCUUCCUGACAGCGCUUGCCCAGGCCGGGGCCAUCAACGAAGAGCAGCUGUCACUUUCCCAGCUCGACCAGCUGUACGGUGCCUACAACCAGAGGGUGCAGGCCAGCCUCCGCACGCAGGAGGAGCUGCUGGGACAAGUUCAGACGUCCCAUCAGGAGUUCAGCAGUCUGAAGCAGUCCAACGCUGAGGCCAACCAGAGGGAAGAGGUCCUGAAGAAGCUGGCUUCAGCCCAUGACAGCUACGUUGAGAUCAGCAACAACCUGCGCGAAGGCACCAAGUUCUACAACGACUUGACAGAAAUCCUGCUUAAGUUCCAGAACAAAUGCAGCGACAUUGUCUUUGCUCGCAAGACAGAGCGGGAUGAACUGCUUAAGGACCUGCAGCAGAGCAUCGCCAGAGAGCCCAGCGCUCCCGCCUUCAGCGUUCCUGCCUAUCAGAGCACCCCUGCUGCCCCUGCUGCCGGCCCGACGCCUGCACCCCGGACCGUGUUUCCACCACAGCCUCAACAAGCCCAGCAGCAGCCUCCAGCAAAGCCCCAGCCUCCAUCCAGGCCUCCUCCCCCCACCAUCACCCCUCAGGCAGCCUCCACUACUCCCACCAACACACCACCGACCGGCCAUCCCACCAGUAACCCACCACCUGCGGCCCCGCCCUCCCAGGCCCAGGGGCCGCCUUACCCCACCUACCAAGGCUACCCAGGGUACUUCCAGAUGCCUAUGGGCUACAACCCCUAUGCUUUUGGACAGUACAAUAUGCCCUAUGUGCCCUACCCAGGGGCUCCAGGACAAGGAGGGUAUCCAGCCGCCCCUCCUGCCGGACAGCCCUACCCUGGCUACCCUCAGCAACCCCCACAGCAGCAGCCAUACUACCCACAGCAAUAACUCUCCUCUCCAUCUCCUUGUUCUUCUUUUUUCACAUGUUAACACCAAAUGAAAAAUGCCCCCAAGCAAUAACACUUCAAUUUCUCUCACUAACAGAAAUUAUAGAAACAGAAGUGAAGAGCAACUUCAGAGCUGCUUCGGACUUCUCUCUCUCUAUUCUUUAGUUCAGUUUUCACCAAGUUUUUGUUUUCCAUCUUGCCAUCCCCUUUUUUGAUCUGUAUUCUGGUUGCACUUUCCUAAACUAUCUCAUCUUUGAUUAGUACACCUCCCCACACCCCUCUUGCCUGUAGUUUUUUUUUUUAUGUACUCAUUUUCUAAUAGUAAUCUAAUAAUUUGUUAAUUGUUUAAUUUAAACCCUAAAUAUUUUUCAUUAAUAACUGAUUCUUUGUCUGGUUUGGACUGUUGAACACUCAUGGAGAUGCACAGGAUGGCUGGCUGUCUUUUGUUUGGGAGCCUACAUUGAGUGGAUGGAUUGGUGGUCAUUACUCGUCAUGUCGGUGAUGGGAGGGCACAGCCACAUCCUCACUCCCCCCACUCACUCAGUCAACCCCUAGUGUUUCUGUAUCUACUAUAUUCCUAUUUUUGUAAUGAAUGCUGAUCCCUCACAGUUGUAUAAACCUAUAAAAACAGAUGGCCUGUAGGUUUCUGAUAUGGAUGAUGACUGUUGAGAACUCUACACUGUUUUGCUCUUUUCUUUCUCUCUCUCAUGGGAACUGUGGGUAUAUUUCUGUCAAAAUCGGAGGCUGUACAAGUGGGAGAAAUUGUUCUAUUAUAUAAAUAUAUGUAUAAAUAAGACUCUUAUGCAGUUAACUGAGACACUCUUGUGUGCUGCACUCUCAUGCUCCUGGUGUUUGUUUUUAUUCCUCAGCUCAAAUGUGAUUAAAAACAACAACUGCCAGUCA